AUGGUUGGCGUGGCAGGGCGAUCCAAGGGCUGCGCGACGUGUCGGAGGAGGAAGGUGAAGUGCGACUCAACACAUCCGGCGUGCGGUCGUUGCAGCAAGGCUGGGUUGACUUGUGAAGGAUACGAGAGGUAUGCUGUCUUCCUCCGCAAAGACCUCGAUGGAUGGCAGAAGCGCAAGCCACUCGAAGAGACCCGGCCUAGAGUCAAGACAAAGCCUUUAACGAUGUCCACUGGAGAGGCCGAGCUUGAGUGCAACAACCGGAGAAGAAUUCCUCUUCUUGAACUAAGAAGCAUCGCCAUUCAAGCCGUGCCGUUCAUGGACUACUUUUUUCGAGACUUCAUCUGCUCGACAGAUCCCAAGAUUCUGAAGCAGGACUACAUCGAUCCCGAUACAUGGACAUACGGUCUCAAGUACAUCAAAGGCUCCGACUCUCUGCUUCACAACGUCCUGAUCGCUGUGAGCAUGGUCUAUUGUGGCAAGACUAGAAGAGACCGAGAUCUACUUGUCCAAGGGCAAACGUGGUACUGCAGGUCGCUCUGUCAACUUUCUCACUUGCUCAACAACGACACAUCGAGUCGUGAUGAUGAGGUGCUCAUGAGCACAUCUUCGUUCUUGGCGGAAGAACUCUGGAUGACGGCUCCUUGGGAUUCGGCUGGAAAAAGCGUCCGGCAGAAGGUGGCUGAUUGUGGCCUUCUGCUUGGGGACAUCUUACAGCAAGUUGAAACAGCACUUGGUGGGAAAGGUUCGUCGAGUGCUAACGAUACCGUGAAGCUGAUGGAAGAAUGCUUGAUGCUUGACAUGAGACUGGUCAUUUUGGGAGGGGAACCUCCAGGACUCCUCACCACCGAGCCGGAGUCUGCAGACAUCCUAAAGGCCCAAAGUAAUGAAAUUUCUGACUGCUUCUCAAUAGUCGAUAUCGCAAGCAAGCUUCGCCUGGGUAUCACAAUACUCGGUAUCAGACUUCGCAUCCACGAAGCGAUAAAGUCUCUGGCCUGCACUAUCAUCGUUCCGAAAAAUAUGGCCCACCGACAGCCCAGCAACCAGCAAAGCACAAAUUUGGCGACAUCAACCCUGGAUCUCGUCGAGCAAUAUUUGGCAUUGGAAAUCGGCUCGAUUGCAAAGGGCAGGCACGUAUUCGCGCUCGAGCGAGCGAGGGUCUUCCUCGAACAAGAUGACGAAGAGCUUUCACGUUGUGAUAAGCUUCUUCGCAUAGUGCAUGUCGACGAUUGGGAUAAUGAUUACAAGAAACAUGUUGGGAAGGCAGUCCUCGCCGGUAGACAUUUAUGGAAGGCUUUUAGAUCGAAAAUGCUGGUGCGAGGCUUGUCAUAUGCGUCGGCUUCAUUCUCGACACUCUUCCGCGCACAACCAGACAACAGCACGGCUAUAGCGAACAGCGUACUCGAUCAACAACGACCCUUGCAACCAGGCCAAAAACAACAACCGACAUCCGACCGACUUGCCACAAAUACGCACAAGACGACCUUCACGAGCUUCGACAUCAUGAAGCUCGCCACCACCCUCUGCUCGCUUGCCAUGGGCAUCAGCGUCGCCGUGGCAGGACCAACUCCAUCGUCGACCGAUAUCCUCUCCGUCAACACGCCACCCGAUACUGGCACCUGCUUUGCGUACAAUAGCCCGCUCAACUCCUACAACCGCUACGAGAUCAAGGUCGGCCGCCCGUAUAUCAGAGGCGAAGGUUGCGAACCGAUCAAGGACACCCUCAUCGAGCACAUCGGCGCAGUUGCGAAGUGGGUCUGCACAGCGGACGGAGGUGACGACAGCACGAUCCUCACUUUCAUUGCCGGCACUGGCGACGUUGAUGAGGACAACGCCAAGGUCAUGGACACUCUCCACGUGGCGUAUCCGAUGGUCGCAUUCGACGGCGACUCCUGCAUCGUGAAGCCCGUCAAGAAGCCCCUCGCCAGCAGGUCCACACCCGACUACGCGACCUGCUCCACGGAUCCCGACUUCGCAACCUCGAAGCAAGCCUACAGCAUCAUCCUUGGGCGCCCGUAUAUUGAGGGCCUCGGAUGUGAACCAAUUGAAGCCACUCUCAUCGAGCACACUGGCGACGUCGUGGAUUGGCAUUGCGACGACGACGGUCACGGUGGCACCCAUAUCGCCUUUCAGAGUGGCCCUUCCUUCGACUGGGAUGCCAAUAUGAAGGUCCUCGACGCUCUGCAUGAAGCCUAUCCCAUGGUUACAUUUGACGACCUUUGCGUCGCCGUCCCUGUCAAGCAGAGAUCGUUGUCGGAGCGCAUCCCGCUCGACUCUGGCAAGUGCUUCAGAUGCAAUUACCCGCACGUUGAGGAGGGGAGCUAUCUAGUCGACGUGGGUCGCCCAUACAAUCAAGGCGCCGGCUGCGAUCCUGUCAAGACAACCCUUAUUGAGCACAUUGGUCGGGUUGUAGAAUACAACUGCGUAGACGACGGCGAGGGUGGCACGACACUUCGGUUCUUCGCUGGUACGAACGCCACUACUGAGCACGAUAACAUCAAGGUCUUCGUCGCUCUCGAAGAGGCCUAUCCAACGGUCUCGUUCCAGGAUGACCAGUGCAUUGUGAAGACGGUCUAG